AUGAACUUCACACAGUCCCUUGGCGCUCGUGCAUCUGCAGCAGUCCUCUACGCUCACCAUGCCGCCGCCCAACGCUUUAGCAAUGCACAGAACCUGGCCGUCUACUGGGGACAGAACUCCUAUGGUGCCGCCUCAGGCGGCCUGGAACAGAUGAACAUCUCCACCUACUGCCAGAACGCCAACAUCGAUAUCAUCCCCAUGGGCUUCGUAGUCAACAUCACCACCAGCCCCGGCGGCCAACCUCAGAUCAACUUCGCCAACCAAGGCUACCAAUGCGGCAUCUUCCCCGGCACAAACCUCUGGAACUGCCCAACCUACACCGCCGAGAUCAACCAAUGCCAGCAAGCCUACGGCAAGACAAUCCUCCUCUCCAUUGGCGGCGCAACCUAUCACGAGCGCGGCUUCCCCUCCAAAGCCGCUGCUGAAGCCUACGCCCAACUCAUCUGGAACACCUUCGGCCCCGUCAACUCCUCCAGCAACGCUCUCCGCCCCUUCGGCUCCGCCGUAGUAGAUGGCUUCGACCUCGACCUCGAAGACGGAAACAACUACUUCCGCGCCUUCGGCCUCAAGCUCCGUGCCCUCAUGAACGCCAACAAUUCCAAGCGAUUCUACCUCACCGCCGCACCACAAUGUCCCUAUCCAGACGCCAACCUGAACCCCCUCCUCAACGACCCCAACGGCGCCGUCCCCUUCGACGCGCUCUUCGUCCAGUACUACAAUAACGUAGGCUGUGACCUCCGCGCAUAUAACAUCGCCGCAGGCGCCACGCAGAGGAACUUCAACUUCCAAACCUGGUCCAACUACGCCAAAUCGUCCGCCUCGGCUAACAAGAACUGCAAGGUAUUCCUAGGUGUUCCAGGCAACAUCGGCGGAGCCCAGAGUGGAAGCUAUAGGACUGCGGCGCAGCUGAAGCCGAUUAUUAAUUACUGCAAGAGUUUCAGUAAUUUUGGGGGCGUAAUGGUGUGGGAUGCGAGUCAGGCGUAUGCGAAUAAGCCGUUUUUGGCGGAUCUGAAGACGAGCCUUAAGGCGGCGAGGACGAGGAGGAGGCAUGAGGGUGGGGAGAGGCAUGGGCAUGGGCAUGGAAGGAGGCAUUGGAAUGUGGAGAGGGUUGUUAAGAGGGAGCAGAUGGAGUAG